GAAAAUCAGUUAUUUCAAAACCAUAGCAACACAUAAACAAUGCACUUUGUCAACUUCUUAUAUUUGAUAUUGUAAUAAAUUUUAUCUGCAGAGGAACACUUGUAGAAAUGUCCAAAUACAGUGAGCCACCUCUAUUUGAUAAUGAAUCAGUUGAUGAGAAAGAACUGUAUAACACUUACAUGACUGAUACUGAUAAAGGAAGUUUCUCCUCGUUAGAAUUCACCACUGACAAUUAUUCAGAAAAUUUUGAAACUCCAAGUGAGAGUAGUUCAAGCUAUGGGAGACUGAGCAAGUAUGCACAUAUCGACGGUACAGUUUUGAAUAAAACAUUCAGUGAUAAUCGCUUGAGAGAUAUAGAACGAGACAAUUCAAUACUUAUGUCGAAAAUUCUAUCCAAAUCUAAAAGACCAAAGCAGUAUAAAAUAUAUCAACAGCCUCAAAUAAAAUCCAGUUUUGAUAUAAACAGGAAAAAAGCUCAAACCAAAAUUGAAUAUGAAAACAAAAUUUUGCUCAAGAAAAUUCAAGGGGCCAAACCAGCUGUGAAACAUUGAUGUUUACAUGAAUUUUGAGAAUAAAACAUUUAUUGCAAUAUUGGUGAUAAAUAAUUUUGUUACAUUUCAAUAUGAAAAAAUCCACAUAUGAAAUUCGUCCAAACCAUGGUAGUAAUUUUAUUCAUGAAAAAUUAUUUUUAUAUUAAAUUCAACAAUAAGAUUGUGGUAUUGAAUAAAUAAAUCAAAGUUA